GGUUGUAGUUGCAGCCGGUCUCCAGCUGGCGGCAGUAGUGCUCCGGGUUUUUAUUUGAUCAGCUGCUGGAUCAAUCCAAAGAAGAGUCACUUCCGGCGCCGAGAUGCAGCGAGAGAAAACAAGCAACGCCACCGCGGUUGAAAAGCCCGACCGUGAGGCCGCCAUCAUGUCCAAAUACUACGACGGAGUGGAGUUCCCGUUCUGCGACGAGUUCUCCAAGUAUGAGAAGAUGGCCAAGAUCGGACAGGGAACCUUUGGGGAAGUGUUCAAGGCCAAGCACCGGCAGACCGGGAAGAAGGUCGCUCUGAAGAAAGUUCUGAUGGAGAACGAGAAGGAAGGGUUCCCCAUCACGGCUCUGAGGGAGAUCAAGAUCCUGCAGCUGCUGAAGCAUGAGAACGUAGUGAACCUGAUCGAGAUCUGCAGAACCAAAGCUACCCAGUUCAACCGCUACAAGGGCUCCAUCUACCUGGUGUUUGACUUCUGCGAACAUGACCUGGCCGGCCUGCUGAGCAACGCCAACGUCAAGUUCACCCUGGCCGAGAUCAAGAAGGUGAUGCAGAUGCUGCUCAACGGCCUCUACUACAUCCACCGAAACAAGAUUCUGCACAGAGACAUGAAGGCGGCCAACGUCCUGAUCACCAGAGACGGAGUCCUGAAGCUGGCCGACUUUGGCCUGGCCCGGGCCUUCAGCCUGGCCAAGAACAGCCAGGGGAACCGCUACACCAACCGGGUCGUCACGCUGUGGUACCGACCGCCAGAGCUGCUGCUGGGCGAGCGGGACUACGGGCCGCCCAUCGACCUGUGGGGGGCGGGCUGCAUCAUGGCGGAGAUGUGGACCCGCAGCCCCAUCAUGCAGGGCAACACGGAGCAGCACCAGCUGACCCUCAUCAGCCAGCUGUGCGGCUCCAUCACGGCUGAGGCCUGGCCCGCCGUGGACAAGAAGUACGAGCUGUACCAGAAGAUGGAGCUGCCCAAGGGCCAGAAGAGGAAGGUCAAGGAUCGGCUAAAGGCCUACGUCAAGGACCCGUACGCCCUGGACCUGAUCGACAAGCUGCUGGUUCUGGACCCGGCCCAGCGGGUCGACAGCGACGACGCCCUCAAUCACGACUUCUUCUGGUCCGACCCCAUGCCGUCCGACCUCAAGAACAUGCUGUCCACGCACAACACGUCCAUGUUCGAGUACCUGGCCCCGCCCCGGCGCAGGGGCCACAUGCCGCAGCAGCAGCCCAACCAGAACCGGAACCCGGCCACCACCAGCCAGACCGAGUUCGACCGGGUCUUCUAGCCAGAUCCAGAGAAACGCUCUGAAUGACAUUUCCUGCAGGAUCGUCCUGCUUGUUACGUCAGGACAUUUGGGUCGACCCGGAGUCCUAUUGAUGUUUGGGUUGACCCGGUUCUGGACCAGUUUUGAGCUAGUGCUGGACCGGUCCGACAGCCACGCUCCGUGAAAAGGCGUUCAGUUUAACGAUCCAGAUCUGUACAGAAGGGCUCUUGGUUCUGAUCAGUUCCAGCUGGACCCGCCUCAAGUUAUUUAUAGGAAUGAGUUCUGAGCGGUCCGCUGGGCCGGAACCACACACUAAUAAAAUGUGUUUUUCAUAAA